CUCUCUCCUUUGUCACAUAAGCUGUUUUCAACAGGACAACAGCAAAGCACAUUCUCUCUGUUAUUUCUCUCUCUCUAAAAUUCUCACUGACGGGGGUGGAAGCAAAAUCUGAAAGAGAGAGAGCCAAGAAAAGAUCGCCAUGAACGACCUUUUAAAUGAUGGUUUUGAUACCUAUGAGGCCCCUAGGCAUCAAAAUGAUAGACUUGGAGAUAUUGAAAUGGGAAUACAAAGACCAAUGGACUCCGGGGAGCUAGGUCUUGAUGAUUUCUUUAAGCAGGUUCACCAAAUUGAGAAGCAGUAUGAGAAGUUGGAAAAGCUCCUCAAGAAGCUUCAGGAUGCUCAUGAGGAAUCAAAGGCUGUCACAAAAGCUGCUGCUAUGAAAGCAAUUAAGCAGCGAAUGGAAAAAGAUGUUGAUGAAGUUAGCAAAGUAGCUCGAUUCAUCAAAUUAAAGAUUGAGGAACUUGACAAAGAAAAUCUGGCCAAUAGAAGCAAACCAGGAUGUGGUAAAGGAUCAGCUCUUGACAGAUCAAGAACGGCAACAACAGUCUCCUUGAAAAAGAAGUUCAAAGAUAAAAUGUCCGAGUUUCAGACAUUACGAGAGAACAUCCACCAAGAAUAUCGUGAGGUUGUUGAAAGGCGUGUAUACACAGUGACGGGCAAUCGAGCUGAUGAAGAGACAAUUGAUCGGUUGAUAGAGACUGGGGACAGUGAGCAGAUAUUCCAGAAAGCUAUUCGAGAACAAGGGAGAGGACAGAUAAUGGAUACCCUAGCGGAAAUUCAAGAGCGUCAUGAUGCAGUCAGAGAGCUAGAAAGGAAACUUCUUGAGUUGCAACAGAUAUUCUUGGAUAUGGCAGUGUUGGUUGAUGCUCAAGGGGACAUGCUUGAUAAUAUAGAAUCACAGGUUUCAGCUGCAGUAGACCAUGUGCAAUCAGGGAAUACUGCUCUACAAAAGGCAAAGUCACUACAAAAGAAUUCAAGAAAAUGGAUGUGCAUUGCCAUCAUCAUCCUUCUGAUAAUCGUUGCAGUCAUCGUUGUUGGUGUGCUCAAGCCAUGGAGUAGCAACAAGGGUGCUUGACUCUUUCACCCACACAAGCAAUGUACAAAAACCAACUGCAAGUUAAUGAGUUCUAUCUCUGCACACACUUGGUCACUACAGCCUUUUAUUGGUUUUGUACAUGCUGAACCUGAAACUGUCUCUACCUCAACAUUUGAGUUUGAAACUGUCAUUGGAAAUGUGUUUCAAUUCUUUACAGAUCUGUUUCUAUUUUUGGGUUAGCUGGACUAGGAAGUGGUUAGUGUAACGUCAAUCCAUACUACACAAACUCAUCUCACAAUAGCCAAGAUAGGUUGCAUGUUGGUAGAGAAAGUUUUACCAUUUGCAGGUGGUGUCGAUGCAAGUGAUUGUGUGUUGCUUGGUUGUGAUGGUCACACAGUGCAAACUCCAGCAAGCUGUGGAAAUGUGCUGAGGAUCAAGAUUCUCAUCUCUGUUGUCUUUCAUAUAAAAUUAGUUCUGUGUACUUUGCUUGUCUAUGUGUUAUAUAAUAUAUGGUCCAAUACGUUUGUUCUA